UACCUCUUCAAGAAGCCACAAGGCAUUCUGGCGAGCCAUACCGCUUAUUACCGAGCCACAUGUGCUCCUAGGUGCCGAUCCCGGAUAGGUGGCCAUGAUCGAAGUUCACAAGACAUUAGUGCCCUCGCGCUAUUCAGCCACUCGGCGCAUUUGAGUGCGUGGUCCCGCAAUGCAUCGGUCAUCCGGCUCCUAUGGGCGCGCAUGGAUCACUUUAUAAGGGCGCCAUCCGGAGGUCGUCAUCACUUUUAUCAACUUAUCAUCGUCGUGUCACGCCCUCACCAUGGUUGUCAAACACGAGAUUACUCUCUAUGACGUUCGAAGUACAUUGAAUCCUCCUGCGUGGUCUCCCAACGUCUGGAAAACCCGCUUCAUUCUCAACUACAAGCGAAUUGCGUACACCACAUGUUGGUUGUCAUAUCCGGACAUAGGCGAAGUGCUCCCCGCGGUGGGAGUGCCGCCUACUCGCACUCAAAAGCCCUUCUACACCGUCCCGUCUAUCGUGGAUCAGACAGAUGGGCUACGUAUAGCGCUUUCGGAUUCGGCAAACAUUGCCAUGUACCUCGAGAAGACCCACCCUCUGCCGCCAAUCUUUCCUGAGGCCGACCCCGGGGUACAACUGGAUUAUAUCGAUGUCAUCGAGGCGCACGUCUAUGCCCCUAUGAUCUUCAUGACAGUCCCAAGUACGACGCGAAUUCUAGAAGGUCGGGAUCUCGACUACUACCUGGACAGCCGGGAGGAAUUUCUCGGCAUCGCAUUGGAGGACAUGUUCCCUCCGCAUAAGCAGCCAGCGAUAUGGCAGAGCCUAGAGGAAGGGCUAGACAAGCUAGCCUCGCUCAUCGACAGCCUGCCGCGCCGUGGCAGACAUCGGCGCUGGCUAUUCAGCGCGACCGAUGGUCCGGGUUAUGCGGACUUCGUUCUCGGGGCCAUCUUCUGUUGGUUCGAGAAGGCAGGUCCAAUGGGAGCUUGGAAUCGGAUCCGAUAUCGCAACGGCGGGAAGUGGGAGCAUCUCGUAGAAGGCUUGCAACCUUUCUCGAAGGUGCUGUAGUGUAGGAUUACGAGGUAUUGCAGCAGAGCGAAUCUACACACA